CGCUGACGUUGGAAAAGGUCAUGGAAAGGUAACGCAUCCGCCCGGUGGUCCCUACACCGUCAGCGACACACACACACCUGCACGGCCGGCUCUCCUCUGCUCUGCUCGGCGUCUCCGCCCCGUCCACUCUAGUAGCCACUGUAACGGCGCCUCUCCCGCCGCCGCUUUCGGCCAUGCCGCCGCCGCCGCCGCCUGACGACGACGGGUCUUCAUCCGCGCGGACGCCGCUCAUACCCACCGCUCCUCCGCGCCGCGCGGUGGCGCGGCUCCACCCGCUCCCGCUCCUCGUGGCGGCGGCCUUCGCCGCAUCCUACCACGUCCUCGUCGCGCCCGCGCCGUCGUACUACCACUCUCUCUUUCUCUCCCUCGGAUCCAACGACACUGCGGCUGCCCACCUCCGCGAGCUCACCCUCCGCCCCCACCUUGCGGGCACCGAGGCCAACGCCCGCGCCGCCGCGCACGUCGUCUCCUCGCUCUCCUCCCUCUCCUUCCCCACCCGCGUCGCGCCCUACUCCGUCCUCCUCUCCUACCCCAUCCACCGCUCCCUCUCCCUCUCGGCGCCAGCCCACGCCACCACCCCCUUUGCGUUGGUGCAGGACACCUACCCCGGUGAUCCAUAUGCUGCGGCCUCCGCGGAGGCCGUCCCCACCUUCCUCGCCUACGCUGCGUCCGGCUCGGUCGCCGCCGAGGCCGUCUACGCUAACUACGGCCGCCCGGAAGAUUUCGCCUACCUCGCCGCCCGCGGCGUAGACGUCUCCGGGAAGGUCGUCCUCGCGCGCUACGGCAAGGUGUACCGUGGCGACAUCGUGAUAAACGCCCGGAAAGCUGGUGCUGCGGCGGCGCUCAUAUACACCGAUGACAAGGACUACGCGGCUGGGAAGGCCUUCCCGGAUGGUCCUUGGAUGCCGCCGUCCGGUGUGCAGGUCGGGAGCACGUUUAAGGGGGUGGGGGAUCCCACGACGCCGAUGUGGGCCUCGUCGGAAGGGUGCGAACGCGUGAGCAUCGCGGAGGCGAUGGCCACCGAAGACAUGCCGGGGAUACCAGCGCUGCCUGUGUCGGGAAGAGAUGGGGAGGCCAUACUACAGCUUAUCGGCGGGGAUGUCGCGCCCGAGGAUUGGCAAGGCGGAGAUGGCGCUCCGGUUUACCGGCUCGGGCCCGGGCCGGCGGUGCUCAAUCUCACCUACGUUGGGAACGAGACAAUGGCUACUAUUCAGAAUGUCAUUUCGGUGAUUCAAGGGAAAGAAGAACCUGAUCGCUAUAUAAUCCUUGGUAAUCAUCGUGAUGCAUGGACAUUUGGGGCUGUUGAUCCGAACAGUGGAACAGCAGCCUUGCUUGAGUUAGCUCAAAGGUUUUCUGAGCUACAAAAGAAGGGUUGGAGACCUCGACGGACCAUCAUCUUGUGUAAUUGGGAUGCUGAAGAGUAUGGAUUGGUAGGAUCCACUGAAUGGGUUGAAGAGAACAGGGCUAUGCUAACUUCAAGAACUGUUGCCUACCUGAAUGUUGAUUCUGCAGUGUAUGGUGCUGGAUUUUAUGCAUCAGCUACUCCUCAACUUGAUGAGUUGCUUAAGGAGGCUAGUAAACAGGUUCAAAAUCCGGAUAAUGAAACACAGAGUCUAUAUGACUUGUGGAUGGCUUCUGCUAGUUCUUCCUUGAUUGGAAGAUUAGGAGGUGGGGGAUCAGAUUAUUCUGCCUUCGUUCAACACAUUGGUAUCCCUUCAGUUGACGUUUCCAUGGGAUCAGAAUAUCCAGUGUACCAUAGCUUGUAUGAUGACUUUGUGUGGAUGGAGAAGUUUGGGGAUCCCUUGUUCCGCAGGCACGUUGCAGUGGCAAGCAUGUGGGGGCUUGUCGCCCUGAGGCUUUCAGAUGAGGAGAUCCUACCCUUCAACUACAGCACUUAUGCUGUGGAGCUUGAGAAUGGCGCAAUUGAUAUAAAUGAAAGGUUACUGGGAGUGCCUGUCAGCUUAUCACCCCUGCAAAAGUCAAUCGAGGACUUCAAAAGGGCAACUCUACAAGUGGAUUCUGAGCUGAAGGCCUUACAGACAUGGAAAGUUUGGUACCCCUGGAGAAAGAAUCCCCUGACGGUCAGAGAUCUCAAUGAGCGGUUGAUGAUGACGGAACGAGCAUUCACUGACCGAGAAGGACUGUCUGGAAGGCCAUGGUACAAACACCUGAUUUAUGCACCAUCACUGCACGACGAUUAUGGAGCGCAAGUGUAUCCAGGUGUUGAUGAUGCCAUUCAGAUGGCAGAGAGGACAAAUACGUCCGAAUCCUGGCGAUCUGUACAGCAUGAGAUUUACAGGAUUGCUAGAGUCAUCAAGCAGGCUUCGCUAGUCCUAAGCGGAGGGUUAACGUAAAGAACUGUUAGGAAGGCCGUGGAAGCGGAGCUAUUCUUUCUGCGCGGGGUACUGGUAACGAUUGGCUGCGGAGAAGUGAUGUUCGUGCGACUUGGGUGCUAUUUGGAACAAAUAAUUUUUGGUGAAGUUUUUAGGUGAUAUAAUCCAAAGAGUUAAGGUUAAGCAGGCCAAACCGUCAAAGGACUCCUAUUAUUAGGAUAUAAACAGGACAUGUCUACAUGAUGAACUCUUUGAUAGCUUACCAAAGUAGGAAGAUGAAACAAACAAACAAGUCCAGGAAUAGUAUUUUUUUUUCAACAUUCUAUUUUAUGCACUACUUGUUUUCAGUUUUUCUUGGCUUCAGGGGAUGCAAAAUGUCAAAAUUGUCCACGUAAACAUGCACCUUUUUGCGUCAAAAUUUCAUUCCUUAACCUCUUCAGUCACGAAACCAACUUUGAACUCAGAGGUUACAAAGACAUGAUUGCAAAUGUCCAUUUAGCCGACGGACU